UAGCUAAGUGCAUAAUUGUUGAUUUGGUCCAAAAUGGGUAGGUCUCCGUGCUGCGACAAGACGGGUCUGAAGAAAGGGCCAUGGACUCCUGAAGAAGACCAAAAACUCUUGGCAUACAUUGAACAACAUGGCCAUGGAAGCUGGCGUGCCCUGCCUGCAAAAGCUGGACUUCAAAGAUGCGGGAAGAGCUGUAGAUUGAGGUGGAUUAAUUACCUAAGACCUGAUAUCAAGAGAGGAAAGUUUAGUUUGCAAGAAGAACAAACCAUCAUACAACUCCAUGCCCUUCUUGGAAACAGGUGGUCGGCCAUUGCUACUCAUUUGCCAAAAAGAACUGAUAAUGAAAUCAAGAACUACUGGAACACACAUCUUAAGAAGAGGCUAACCAAGAUGGGAAUCGACCCUGUGACCCAUAAGCCCAAAACCAAUGCACUCGGUUCCGCGAUUGGCCACACCAAGGACGCCGCGAACCUUAGCCACAUGGCGCAAUGGGAGAGUGCAAGGCUGGAAGCCGAAGCUCGACUUGUGAGAGAGUCAAAACUAGUGUCAAACCCUUCCCAAGAUCAAGUAGGGUCUGGUUCGGCUCCGCUUACAAACAAAAGCAGGGCUCCACAAGCUAGACCACGGUGCCUUGACGUCCUAAAAGCAUGGCAAGGAGUGGUCUCUGGCAUGUUUGGCAUAGCCAGAGACAGCCUUGAGUCGCCAACCUCAACAUUGAGCUUCCAAGAAAACAUGCCAACAAUUCCAACUGUUGGGUUGAUUAGCAAUGACUUUGCUGGUUCAUGCUUUGAGAAACCGAACCAAAUGCAAGGACUGAAAGAAAAUUUGGAUAACUCAAUGGCAUUGCAUGAAAUGAUGACCUACACCACAGAUGAACCAUGGACAGCUGACAACAUCAUGGAAGGGUUAUCAGACAUGAUGGGUUGUGAAUCUGACGUACAGAUUUUGUCUGUGGCCGGAGAGAAAUCCAAUGCAAACUACAGUACUGGAAGUUUUGAGGACAACAAAAAUUACUGGAAUGGCAUACUCCAUUUGGUUAAUGCUUCUGCAACUUGGUCGCCAGUGUUUUGAAAGAGUAGGAAGUACUUACUUAAAAAGAGAACUGAUUAUUUUGCAAUAUCGCAUCUAGUGUCAUGAUUAAGCUUCUGGUUUAAAACUGUUAGUGUUAAUUCGAAAGCCAUAA